GCCUGGAGCGGACUCGCGGCUGCAGCUGUUCACGGACGGGCAGCCGGGCGUUCGGCCGCCGCGUCUAGGGCUGAGCGCCGCGACGCGGCUGCUUGUCCCGAAAUCCUCCCGGAUCUUAAGGCGGUAGGUGGCCGGGGAUGACGAGCCAUACGAGGACAGAAGUCAGGUCCCGGGGUGUGAGGAGGCCGGUGGACGCCGUCUCCGAGGGAGGAAACGGGGGAAGUUGAGUAUGGAACCUCAAGGUCUUUGAGACAAUGGAAACCAAAAAAUUGAUUGGUAAACCACUUCAGCCAGCAAGACCUGUUCGUCAUCUGACUUCUCCUCCUGGAACAGUAUUCCCUUUCAACUUCCAAAACGAAUAUCCAUGCAACACCCAGUACUUACAAAGUGGAGUUAGCAGAUGUAAGACGAAUGGAAUGCAAGCCUUUUCUCAAGGUCUUAAUGAACAACAUCAGUCUCCAGUUAAAAAAGAGAGAAUCAAAUACAGCAGAGAUUUUCUGUUGAAGCUCUCAAGUGUUUCCAUCUGCAGAAAAAAACCAGACUUUCUGCCUGAUCAUCCCAUUGUACUUCAAAAACCAGAAAACAACCAAAGCUUUAAGUAGCAUUUUGAGAAUGUAUGUAUUUGAAGAUAAAGAAUUACUAGUUUUAUAUUUUGGACACCUGCAAAUGAAGUGGAUCUAGUAACAAUAACUGUAACAAUUCAAUUUAUUUUUAAUUUUGAUGGUUGGAUAUUUGGUUUCUCCUAAAAUGAGAAAGAGAUACUUUAAACAAUAAAGAAUUUUCUAAUCAGUUUCAGCUUUGCAGGCAGUUUCUUGCAUAAAUUGGGAAGUAACACUGGAAAGUAGGAAUUUGGUUAGUGAAAUGGGAAGACUGUAUUUAUAAUUUGCAUGCUACUUGCAAUUUUUGUUUUUCAUCACUUGUAAUAAUGGAAUGAAAAUGUAAGCUGUAACGAUUCUCAAAUAUAAAGUAUAUGCUGUGAUGUACAUAUGAUACAUAAUUUCUUGUUGCUUUUAAAGUUGCUUUUGUUCUGUUUCCCACUGAUUUCAUACCAGCACUUGAAAGGAUCAUUACAAUCUCUCUAGAGGUUUAGAAUGAUUCAGGAUGUUCAAUGAAUAGUUCUCAGUGAUAGGAGGGAGAAUAUUUUAAGAAGUAUUUCUUUUCAAAUAUAUGAUUGUUCUCUAGGUUUGUGAUAAUAACAACAUUGUCUAAGAUUCUUUUAUUUCCAAAAGAGGAAUAAUUGAGGCAUUUGCAAAUAAUUGAGGUGCAUUAAGUUUCAGUGCUGUAAUUUCUUAUAACAAGUGUAUGGAUGAAGAAUUUGGAGGUUUAAACUUUUAGCUCCUAGAAAUUCUAUACAAUAAAUCUCCUGCAAUUUGUCACUUUUGUUAAAAAGAAAAGUUUGUUCCAGCACAGUGUCACAAAGAAUUGCUCAUAUAAAGGUAAGUGUAAACUCUCCCUAGUUCUAUCCUCAGAUUCUUUCAGAUCCCUGGGUCUAUUGGCAAGGCAUUCAAGGACAUCAUUUGGCAGAAAGUUUAUCUUAAACUGAAUUCUGAACUCCUAAAACCAGUACCUUUUUCUUCACUGGUCUUUAGACUUGUUACCCAGAUUCAAACUUUAGUCCAUGGCAGAUUUCCCAACUUGGUCUGUAGUAUACUACUUUUAAUUGCUUUGUUCACCAGAAAAAGAUUGCUUUUCAAGUAGGAAAAAAAAAAGAACCUUCACUAGCCAUAAAUUUAUUGGUUACUUAAAAAUGAGUUUACACCUACGGCCCAGUUUUUUACACUCAUUUUUGCCCUACUAUUUCCCUUUAUAUUAUAGCUUCUAGUAUUUAUAUGUGUAUGAAUACACACACAUACACAAGAAUACAUGUAAUUUAUAUAAGAGCUGGGGUCAUCUCAAUAAAAAAGUAAUUUAAAAAGAGCUGGGGUCAGAAUUACCAUACAAUUAAAUUGGUUUGCUUUAUUAUUUGCCUAUUAUCCAAGUCUGUUGACUUAAGUUAAAAAAAAUAUGAUCGAACCUAUUACAAUUUGGAAUCCAAAGAGCCCUUCCAUUUAGCACUGUUACUGAGGGCAGACCCCUUUUAAAGUCAUACUACCAUUCUAACUUUGGAAAGUGCCUAGUAUCCAAAAGACUUGAUGUACUUUCUGAAUCUGAUACAGAAAUGGACUGGCCAGAACAAUAUAUUGAUUAGCUAUAAUUUCUAUUUUUGAAAUCAUUUAUAACCAGCGUUUUCAAGAAGAGUUUGUAUAUUAGAAGUCCCCGAGGUUUCAAAGUCUUUUGAUCCUUUCUUACUGUAUAUAAUCAGAGUGAGACUGCAAAGACUGUUGUAUUAUCUAUUUGCCUUUGUACAUAUGUAUAGCUUAUUUGAAUAAUCAUUGUACAUCUCCAUUCAUGUUGUUCUUUGCUUUGUAUAUAAAUUAAAAGAGUUGAGCCAGGUGUUGUUUCAUA